GGCUGCUCAGACCGGAGAGGAGCUCUAUAAGAGGAGAGGAACCGGAGGAGCGUCAGAACACCGGAGCCACGGCGGAGAGAGGAGCGGAGCUGGAGGCUCAGGAUGAACAGCUGAUCCAGAGCUUCUGUUUGCUCCUCCAACCGAGAAUCCAGGGAGGAAGCUGCGAGGUGACACCAUAAACUACAAAAAGAUAAAAAAUAAAAACAAAAAACAAAAGCAGAAAAGUGCGCUCCUACCGCGCGCAUCCUGGAUGAGAAGAAAGUGCGCGCUUCAGCACCUGAGGAGAGGACAGCUCCUCUGUCUGGACCUCCGGAACCAGAACCUCCGUCUGAUCCCGCACCUCCUCCAGCCCCGAGCCCGGACCUGCAGGACGGAGCGGAGGAAGUGCAGCUGAAGAUCCGCCACCGGGAGAGUCUGCGGGAGUCUCAAUAUGUACCAGGGGCAUUUACAGGGGAAAGACUCUAGGGCUGCAGAUAAGACUGUUGCCAUGGUCCUGAAGGAGAUACCCAGUAAGGCGUCAUCAGAAGGGAAGCCCCUCCUCACAGUGACUACCAAGCUGGUGAGCGAGCAACAAGAGAGUCGUCCUCUUCUGAGCCCCUCCAUCGACGAUUUCCUCUGUGAGACCAAGUGUGAUGGACUUUCCCGCCCAGUGACUUCCAACACGGCCGUUCUGUCUUCAACUUUGGACCUGCUGGACCUCAGCGAACCGGUGGAGAGGAGGAACAGCAGAGACAGGAAGAGUCUGCUGUCGUCGGUCCAGAAGAACAACCGGAAGAAGACGGAUGAGACGGAGCUGAUCCAGGUGGAGAACGAGCAGACCGGACCGAGCAUGAGAACCCCGGAGAGGGCGUCGCUGGACUCAGUUACCAUCGGUUCUCUGGAUAAAUGGGAGGAUCUGACUCCGAACCCGGAGAGAAACGGCAACAGGAAGUGGAAGCUGGAGAGACGACGUUCGUCUAAAAACUCCUCCAACGAGUUCCUGUGGUCCAUCGACUGUAAAGCACAAUUAGACUCGUCAAAUAAAAACACCUUGGAAGCCAAAGUGGAGCCAGAGUCGGCCCUCGCAUCACAACUCAACAGGCAGUAUAUUAGUGGAAGACAUGCCCGGCUGACCAAGGAGCAGCGGUGGGGGAGCGCCCUGCUGUCCAGACAUCAGUCCCUGGAGGAGGAGUUCGAGCGAGCCAAGGCCGCUGUGGAGUCAGACACUGAGUUCUGGGAUAAGAUGCAGGCUGAAUGGGAAGAACUGGCUCGAAGAAACUGGCUGACAGAGAAUGAACAGGCACAGAUUCCCUCCUCGGUUUCUCCACACGAAAAGGGUUACUACUUCCACACAGAUAAUCCCUACAAGGACUUGCCCAACGCGUUUGAAGAGGGACUUAAGAAAUCUCGAGAGGGAGACCUGCCAAACGCUGUGCUUUUGCUGGAAGCAGCUGUUCUGCAGGACCCUCAUGAUUCAGAGGCUUGGCAGGUUUUGGGAACCACACAGGCCGAAAAUGAGAACGAGCAGGCGGCGAUCGUCUCCCUCCAGAGGUGUUUGGAGCUCCACCCAAACAACCUUCUGGCCCUCAUGGCGCUGGCGGUGAGCCUGACCAACACCGGCAUGCGGAACGACGCCUGCGAGGCUCUGCUCCGCUGGCUGAGACACAACCCCAAGUACAAGCACCAGCUGAAGGGGAAGAACCACCUGAUGGGCUCCCCGAACUCCCAGCGCCGCAUGUCUCACGCUCUCAACAUGGGCCGACACGACAGCUCUCUGCUACCGGAGGUCAAAGAACUCUUCCUGGAAGCAGCUCAGCACAACUCUGACAGCAUCGACCCCGAUCUGCAGACGGGCCUCGGGGUUCUUUACAACCUCAGCGGAGAAUUCAACAAAGCUGUGGAGGCCUUUAAUACGGCACUGUCGGUCCGGCCCGAGGACUACCUGUUGUGGAAUCGCCUCGGCGCCACGCUGGCCAACGGCGACCGGAGCGAGGAGGCGGUGGAGGCCUACACCCGAGCCCUGGAGCUGCAGCCGGGCUUCAUCCGGUCCCGCUACAACCUGGGCAUCAGCUGCAUUAACCUGGGGGCACACAGAGAGGCAGCCAGUAACUUCCUGACUGCGUUGAGUCUUCAGAGGAAGAGUCGGAGUCGGCAGCAGAACCACCAGGUGAUGUCUGGGAACAUCUGGGCCGCUCUGAGGAUAGCUUUAUCCAUGAUGGACCAGCCGGAGCUCUUCCAAGCAGCAAACAUCGGUGACCUGGACCUCCUCAUGCGAGCCUUUAACCUGGACAUUUGAGGAACGGGAGGCGGCGGUCGACAGCAUCACCCCCUUCACUCACUUCUCCGAUUUCUACCCAACAGCCAAAAGCCCAAAGUGCACACGUCAGAGGGGACCGUUAGCAACGGUAGUGUGUUUUUAUGCACGUCAAAAAUCAACUGCAGUUGUCAAAAGCUGUUCUAUUUUUUCGCCCAAGUACCUUGGAGCAGUUCUGGGGGCAGGUUCUUCUGAUGGUCUGGAGUGACUGCUUUGUGAUGGAUUUGCACUGGAAUUUGUGAUUUCCCUGAAGAGCACAAGGACGGGCAAAGAUUGUACGAGCAAUGCCUUAGAGAACACAUCAAUUAAAAACUGACUCAUCCAGUGGAACAGAGCCGAGCUGGGAGAGACUGACGGCUUUAAAGAGCCUCACGAGUCCUUUGCACAGAAAAGACGAGGAUUGGAGAGAAGAACUGAGCGUCUGUCUGGAUGCCGUCUCUCCCUGAUGAAGGACGGAUUCGUUUUAAGACUUCACCUGGAGCUCCAGAUUCUGUUCCUGGCUUGUUUUCAUCCUGGAGAAUACUGCAUGAAUAAGCAUUUUCAUAAACGGAUUCUUGUUUAAACAUACUUUUAGAAGCUCUCCCUUUGCACUUCAGGCAAACAGAUAAACUUCCUCAGUCCAAGUGGAAUGUGCAAGCCAGGUUGUAAAGCCUUACUCAAACGCAUGCGACCAACGAUAUUUAUUUAGACUAUUUUUAUGGCAACACAAAAACACUAAGCCAUCUUCAGACUGGUUUUGAUUUCUUUAAAUGACUGCUGUCUUCUGAACUUGAAAGCUUUCUGAGCCAUUAAUUUAUUUGCUUUGUUUUUCCUUUCGGUUCUCGGCUCCGAAGCUUCUCCGUGUUCCCUUUACGCCGGUCGGUCGGUGAAUAAAAAGCUGGGCGGCAGCAUCGAUCUGCGGGGAAAAAAAACCUUCAUUAGUGGCUUCAAACUUUCUCACAAGUUUUGCCGUUACAGGUCUAAAAAUAUCAUCUUUCAUCCCCUCCUUUAGAACUUUAGAAGCCAACAGACGCACAUGUCGUAGCUUGAUUCUUUUUUUCGCUGACUGUGUUUACUGUAAUGCAGUAUAAUAACAUUACAGGUGAAAGAUGGCGCAGUCGGGAGCCAAGAUGGCAGCUUGUGUACCUCCUAAUGCAGUCAUUUGUGUCUUCGCUGCUCUUCCACAGACAGCGGAGCUCGUACGUUGAAUUAAAUCAGCCAUUGUCGUGAUUUAUAUACUUACGUAAGCUCAGAACACAUUUGAGGAACGUUGUUUGUUUGUUCCACCACCUGCGGACUUCAAUUUACGCCAUUUGCGAGAUCAUUAUGCAUCAAAAUAUGAUUGUAUGAAACUCCUGCUCCACGUAAAUCUCUUCUCUUUUUAGCUGACAGCUUCUGUUAGUCUGAAAGUCACUCUGUGGGGUGAACGCGGUGUUCCUCGCUGCGAGUAAAUGAUAGGUAAUCUGCCGUACUGUGGAGCUCAGCACACUUCGGUGUUUAUCAGGCGUGUCCACAGUCGCAGUGUGCUGCAGAAAGUGCUUCUUUUCUACUGUCAGCUCCUAUGCAAAAGGUCAUGUUUUAUGUCGCCGUUCUGAAUUGUCCCCCGUCUGCCUCGCCGGACCAAAGGGAAGCGUUGAUUCUGUGUUUUGAGAGCUAUCAGGGGGAACCAGAAGCCGCUAUGAGAGCCAUUCAUCUUCCAAACUAGAUGUCACGGUCUGGAGGAAAGGAAGUGUUUUCAUCAGGAAAACCGGGAGAGAACGAAAACAAAUCUCUAAAAAGACGAGCAUGGUCACUGAUUCUGUAAAAAGUCUUAGAAAGUGCAGCUUCAUAAAUCUGUUCUCACCUCAAGUCCAACCAGGAAACUGCUGUCAGACCAGUUCCUUUGACUAACUAGUGCUUUACACAACCAGUGAGAUGAUUUUCAGAAAGACAAAGUGUUUUUGUGGCUGGUCGUGAUAUUUAAUAGAUCAAGGAGGAGCCCAGAGAGACAUAGCACGAAUUUAUUGACUCUGGAUGAAGAUAAAAGCAGUUUGACAGUAGCUGAAUAUAACGGAUGGAGUCCAGUAGUUCCUGAGAUCUGGUUCAGCUUUUAACUAGCAUUAAAUUAUGUAACUUAUAUAAGAUCGUAGAGUUGGUCAGUCUAUCCGACAGAACAAACUCAGAAAAAUAAUAGUUCUUUAAAGGUUCCUUAAAUCACCAAUUGAAGAACAUCUGUAUUUAGGGGAUGUUUCUUCACGUACUUUGUGGUUCUUUUAAAGUAUUAAAGGUUCUUGACUUUUAUUGGUUUGGUGGCAUGAAAUCAGAGCUGCAGCCAACAAUUAUUUCCAUUAUCGAUGAAUCAUUGGGUCAAUAAAACAUCCAAAAACAGUUUUUUCAUGACAGUUGUUUAAAAUCCCAAGUUGGGGUCUAGUAACGUGUUGUUCUGUCCGACCAAGAACCAAAAUAUCGAAUGUGUUCUAAUGGAAGGAACCCAAGGAGAACAAAGUGACUCAACAAAGAAUUUUUUGGAAAAUUGUUCCUUAAAGUAUCCAAACAUUGUCUGGAAAGAACCAUUUAUGGGUGAAUUAUUUAAAGAACCUCUUUCUAAAAGAUUGUUUAAUCAGCUAAAAUGGCAUCACCGUGAAGAACCACUUUUGGUUCCAGUGAGAACCUUUAUUUUUCUGAGUGUGGCCACAAAAACAAAAGUUUAAUUUGGGUUGUUCAUUGAUUUUAGACGAAAUGGCUGCAAAGCUACUAAUGAUGUUCCCAUUAGCCUCAGCUGAUUUAGCCCUUAGCAUGUCGACAUGCUAAGGAAAGAUAUUAUAAAAAAAAUUGGUAAAAGGUAGUAACUGUAGGACACAUUCUCGCAUUUCAGGACCCAAACAGCCAGUCAUCUGCUUUGAAACAUCCGAUCAGUCACGUUGUUGUAGCGACUCAUGCACAGGGUUGUGAAACUAGCAGAAACCUGUGGAUAAAAACGCUUUUUAAACCUUGUUUUAGUUAAGAUUUACUAAACUUUAUCAGCAGUUUUCAUCAGAUUUGACUGGUGGUUCUGGACAGUCAGAUUUUAUGUCUCAUGAUGGUUGAAAUUACAGUUACGGUUCCCUCUUUAUUCAUUUACACUACCGUUCGAAAGUUUGAGGUCACUUACAUUUUCAAUGAAGAUAACAUUAAAUGAAUGAUUAAUCCAGUGUAGACAUUGUUAAUGUGCUAAAUGACUAUUGUAGCUGGAAACAGCUGAUUUUUAAUGGAAUAUCUCCAUAGGGGUACAGAGGAACAUUUCCAGCAACCAUCACUCCUGUGUUCUAAUGCUACAUUGUGUUAGCUAAUGGUGCUGAAAGGCUCACUGAUGAUUAGAAAACCCUUGUGCAGUUAUGCUAGCACAUGGAUAAAAGUGGGAGUUUUCAUGGAAAACAUGGAAUUGUCUGGAUGACCCCAAACUUUUGAACAGUCGUGUAGAUAAAACUGUGGUGAAAUAACUGUGGUUUUCCUGUCGGGACUAAAUAUCAUCGUUUUGUCACGUGGUUUUAGCGCUGAUGCUGCUGAUUAAAGCCCAUAUGGCCGUCGUGUUGUUGGACCAGAAUCCACCGUCAAACUGUCCCAUGUUACACAUUUAACUCGAGCCUCCGUCCACUUUUGUUUCCCGAAUCCCAGAGUGGUAGUAAUGGUUCCCUGAGCGGCUGCUGACAGAUGGGAAUCAUCCUUCGGGCCAGUUUUCUUCCGCUGUUAAACACGAACACAUGCUCCGUUCCUCCCGGCCGUCGUCUGAUCUGUACAAACAUGAUGUCUGCUGACUUGUGGUUUCCAAAAUCAACUCUAGUUUUCUUACGCGGUCGUAGGCCUUCGCUUUUUUUUGCAUUUCCAGAAACUUAUAGAUGGAACUAAACAAAAACUUUUAAAAAAAAGAAAGAAAAAAAGCGAUAUUUUUUUAAAGAAAUCUUAAACUGCUGGCUUCAGAAGCUGAACUUCUACUGUGUGCGUCGUUCUGUAGUGCAUCGAGGUAGGAUGCCUGGUGAGUUUUCUUGUAGUAGAACCUCCUACUGGACCUUCUCAGGUGAACUUAGCGUAGCGCAUGCUCCUGAGGAACACAGUGAGGCUUAUCGCAUGCUAGAUCCUCCACGUUUAUUUACUUUCUUGAAUGCUCUUCUCAUUCGUAUGCAUGGAAAGCGCUUUCUUUUCCUCCCACUAACGUAUAAAGACAAACUAUAUCACGAAGUUUCCUUGCAAUAUUUCUACAAUGCACUGCAACCUUGACAAAAAGCGAUAUGUAUAUAAUCAGUAUGUACUCUACACCAGACGCUUUUUUUUCUUGCAUAGAUCGAGCAGAGAAAUGAGUGUCAGACACUUUAUUUCCUGGCUGGUGCACCGCUAUAACCGACUAGUCGUUUAUAUUCUGUAGAAAUUUUGUAAUUACAACUUCUACCAAUUAGAAACACGCUGCUAACCGCUGCAAUGACCCCGACCUGUAUGGCUGGCCAACUACUAUUUUACUACUAAAAUUCAUCGAGCUUCUCGAUGUUUAUGAGCAUUUUCAUAACCUGCUGUCUACUGUUCACAGUUAUUUAAGGUUUUAAUGUUUGCAAAGCAUCACUGCUUUAUUAGUUUUACAUUCAAGCAGAUUUGGAGUGAUUCAUAUUUUUUUUUACGGUAUUUAAUGCCACUUUUGCACAGCUCAAACUGUUCAAAACAUUUUACAAAAUAAAAGGGAAAAAUAAAUAAUUAUGAUUACAAACGCAAAUAAAAUACGGUACAUAACCAUGAAAAUGUAAAAUAGUCACAUUUUUUUCCAGAUUUUUGGUUCUUCGCUUUGUCUUAACUGACAGAUGAUAAAUCAUAUAAAAAUUAUUAAAUGUUCAACUGUAAUUCAGACACAAAAACACUCCAAAACACAUUUUUAUUGCAUUAAACCUGCUUGAAUGAAUUAGAGAACCUACAGCAACCUCAAAAGUGGUUUAAUUGAUUGGAUUAUUUCAGUUUAUUAUGUUCUUGUCUGCAUUUAUCUAUCUAUUUUUUCUGUUUCACAUUAAAUUUUCUGCACUUUUGGGUCUCCGUAUGUGUCGAGCAUUCGUGCUUUGUGAAUGAAAUAAUAAUAAUGAUCUUUACUGUACGUGUUUCUUUAAAGAUCCAGUUGUCAGAUUCUUUAAAGCAUUUCUAAAAGGUUUCCAGCAGCUUCAUGGGUCGGGGUUCAUUCAGGUCUUUAGUUCGUGUCGUGUACAUUUCUGCCUCCACUCCUUUAAGUCAGCGUGUAUAAAGACGGUUUAUUUAUCAAUGCAUCGCACAUGUAUGAAUAAAAUGAUAUUUUGACGGAUGAAAUGAUAAAUUAUAUACUUUAUAUACAGGCAUUCAUUUAUGGAAACACCUACUAUAAUGCAUAUUACUCUCCCUGUAUAAUCACAAGGAAAGCAUUAGCACCUUUGGAACGUACAAAUAUGAAAGUCAACUUUUAAAAUAAACUCUUGUUAUAUAUUCUAA